UAUACUGAAUUCUUUGUUUUACUUAUAUUAUAUUUGUAACUUUUUAUGAGGGAAAAAAUGACUAUGAAAGAAGCGAAAUCAGGUAAAUUGAAUGCCCAGCAGCAUCAACAACACGAAAACGGUCACUUCUCUCCGUUCCAAUUCGUCAAGUUAUUAGAUCCAGAAGCUUCUUUGGACAAGGAUCAAUUAGGAGAUGUAUUGCAUUGGAUUCGACAAGUUGUAGCUCUUUUUUGUGGUUUAUUAUGGGGAGCAAUCCCAGUGGCCGGAGGCAUUUGGAUCUUCAUAUUUCUGGCCAUAUCCACUGGUAUUAUAUAUGGUUAUUAUGCAAUGAUACUAAAGAUCGACGAGGAAGAAUUUGGUGGACAUGCAACCCUUCUCCAAGAAGGGCUUUUUGCUUCAAUAACUCUCUUUCUGUUGGCGUGGAUUCUCGUCUAUAGCUUGGCCCACUUUUGAUACGUAUUUUAUCUUCAAUUUGGCGUCCUCUGUUUGUAAGUCACAUUCCAAGGAUUCAACUCUUUAGAUGAGGAACAAUUCAUUAUUCCGGAAAACAAUGAGAAACUUUUAGAUUUGAUAAACAAUGAAAAACUCUCUUACUUGAGAAUUGCCUAUAAUUGCCUUUCACUUUUCACCGUGUGACAUUCCGAUUUCACAGAACAUGAAGCUUAUCUUUUUCCCCUUUAUCAUGUUAUGUACAUGUUUGAUUAAAGUUUUACUUUCAUGAAAUAUCCCACAGAAUGUAGCAGUUUGGGGUACAAAGCAUCUGAUGUUAAAUCAAAACUUUUUUCUUUGCUUCAAA